CACAGACUGCGAGAAUCACACGUUAUUUGUAGGCAUUUAUGGCAGCAUUUGGCUAUUGUUUUGGUGUUUUCUUUAUACAGUUUUAGUCACCAUUUAAAGGAUUUUAUGAUUUCAAUCAAUUCAAACGACAACACAAUCACAUCCAUCGGUGAUCGACAAACACCAACUCACUGUCACUUGACGUGAAUCUCGUGGUCACACUUUGAGCCACUCUGCAAUUAUCUGAAACCAUCGAGACUUGUGUCCAUCCAAUGCGAUCCAAGUUUGAUAUGACUAACCAAAUGGUGAGAUUGUCUCACUUGAGACGUGUCUUCACUGUGGAGGACACCGAUGGUACGGAUGAGGACACCGACGACGACGACGACAUCCAAGUAUUGGUGGCCAACACAGCACAGGGACCGCUCACAGACAGCACAUCCAGUCCGGAGUGCCAACCGAUUGAGCCGAAGGCCAAACUCGACCCAAAGUUCACUAAUUUCACGCUUUUUGUCAAAAGUAUUGGUAAUAUAGACAAGAGAUAUGUGACGACAGACAACGGAUUGAUUCCCAUCAGCGAAACGAUCACAGAAUUGGAUCAAAUGAUUAGGUGUCGCGAUAUGCGCUCAUUUGAGGAUCUCUUAGACCGCUAUAAUAUUUCUCAUUCUCGUGGUGUCGGGGGUAGGGAUCAGUCGCUCAGUGGACGCAAUGCGAGCACAUCUGUGGACAACAGUCACAGCGACUCAUCGGUUGUGGCGAAGAAGAAGCGCAAAAAGAAAGGAAAGGCUUCUGCCGAUGACGUCGUCACCAGUGGAUCCAACGAUAUGAGUGUCGUAUCGCUCAAAGUAGAGGGCAUUCAACAGAUUAAGUCAAAGAACAGCUUUAAAUUCAAGUGUAAAGUCUGUGACAUCUCUUUCAAUGGUUUCGCCUGUGCUUUGAAGCACAGCACUAGUGAUGAACACUCGAAGAUUAAAUUCGGUGAUGACUUGAAAGGACUGGACGCCCAGUUCACCAUUGAUUCACCAAAUAUUGGUGACUGUGAGGUAGCCAUCGCUCGGCGACGAGAGCUCAAGAAAAUCAGUUUAACUGAUAAACAGGAGUAUGUGUCGCACGGAAUCAGACUUAAGGAUGGCUUCGGGACCGACGCUUAUAUUUGUUCUACUUGUGAUCUGAAGUUCAAAUCCAUACAUGAGGUGAAGGAUCACAUCGAGAGUUUGGCCGCCGAUAUCGAAAACACGGAAAACAAACCUGAGUUGAAAGCAGUGGACAAUUCUGUGGCACUCUAUGUACCGAAAUCUCCGCCUUUGGGCCAAACGCUCAGCAAAUUAGAUUUGAAGCUCAAGAAUGAAGGCAUAAAAGCGACCGAUUCUGGCGUCGACUCCAAAUUUUACUGUCUUUUCUGUAACAUAUACUUCGACUGCAAGAAGACGGCUGUUCUCCACACCAGUGAUACUCGA